AGGUUCAAUGCAGGCAGGUCCGUGUGUGCGUGCAGGGAUGUGGGGAACGGUUGCAGGCAGAGGAAGGCGUGACCUGCAUGGAAAAUGCCAGACAACCCCAGACACACACACAUAGACGCGCACACGCUCGCAAGCCUCCGGACAACGAUAAGGCGGACAGCGGAGCGCGGGGAAGCAGCAGUCCCCGCCGCCCAGCCCGCAGCGGGGGCUCUCCUCUCCCAGCGGCAGGAUGAGGUACCCCCUGGCCUGGUCCAUGUGUGCCUGGCUGCUCGGAGCGGUGGGUGCAGUUGAGCUGACUGAAAUGUUUGGAGAGAUCCGCUCUCCAAACUUCCCCGAUUCCUAUCCCAGCGACUCAGAAGUGACGUGGAACAUCACCGUGCCUGAGGGAUUUAAAAUCAAGCUGUACUUCAUGCAUUUUGACUUGGAGUCAUCCUACCUCUGUGAAUACGACUACGUGAAGAUUGAAGCAGAGGACCAGGAGCUGGCAACCUUCUGUGGCAGGGAGACAACAGACACCGAGCAGGCUCCUGGGCAGCAAGUCAUCCUGUCCCCAGGGCCCUAUAUGGGGCUCACCUUCAGGUCCGACUUCUCCAACGAGGAGCGCUUCACUGGAUUCGACGCGCAUUACACAGCCGUGGAUGUGGAUGAGUGCCUGGAGAAAAGUGACGAGGAGUUGGCGUGUGACCACUACUGCCACAACUACAUCGGCGGGUACUACUGCUCCUGUCGCUUCGGAUACAUCCUGCACUCCGACAACAGGACCUGCAAAGUGGAGUGCAGUGACAACCUGUACACCCAGAGGAGUGGAGUGGUCACCAGUGCUGACUUCCCCAGUCCCUACCCCAAGAGCUCAGACUGCCUGUACCGCAUUGAGCUAGAGGAUGGCUUCUUCAUCACCCUCAGCUUUGAGGAUAGCUUUGAUGUGGAAGAUCACCCAGAGGUGACCUGUCCCUAUGACUACAUCAAGAUCAAAGCUGGCCAGAGGGAGUUUGGCCCUUUCUGUGGAGAAAAGUCCCCAGGACGCAUUGAAACCCAAACCAACAGUGUGCAGAUCCUCUUCCACAGUGACAACUCAGGAGAGAACAGGGGCUGGAAGUUGUCGUAUACAGCAAUUGGAAACCCGUGUCCACUGGUGCAACCCCCAAUCAAUGGGAAAAUCGAGCCUUCCCAAGCCAAGUACACCUUCAAAGACCAGGUCGUCAUCAGCUGCAACACUGGCUACAAAGUGCUGAAGGAUAACCUGGAAAGUGACUCCUUCCAGAUCGAGUGUCUGAAGGAUGGGACAUGGAGCAACAAGAUCCCCAUCUGCAAAAUUGCUGACUGCCAAGAGCCGCCAGAGCUGGAGCACGGCUUUGUCACCUUCCUCUCCAGGAACAACCUCACCACGUACCGUGCAGCCAUCCAGUACCACUGCCAGCACCCCUACUACCACAUGGCCCCCAACAGCACCGCCACAUACACGUGUGAUGCAUCGGGGGUUUGGAGGAGCGAGGAGCUGGGCACCGCACUGCCAUCCUGCCGACCAGUGUGUGGCCGGCCAGCCCGUGCUCUGCCCGGGAUCAUCAAGCGCAUCAUCGGGGGGCGAAAUGCAGAGCCUGGCUUCUUUCCCUGGCAGGCCCUGAUAGUGGUGGAGGACAUGUCCCGAGUGCCCAACGACAAGUGGUUUGGCAGCGGGGCCCUGCUCUCAGACUCCUGGGUGCUGACAGCCGCUCACGUGCUCCGCUCCCAGAGGCGGGACAAGACUGUCAUUCCCGUCUCCAAGGAGCACGUCACUGUGUACCUGGCCCUUCAUGAUGUGAGAAACAAGUUGGAGGCUGUCAACAGGACAGUAGAGAAGAUCAUCCUCCACGAGGAUUUUGACAUCCAGAACUACAAUCAUGACAUUGCUCUGGUCAAGCUGAAGGAAAAGGUGACCAUGGGGAAUUACGUCAUGCCCAUCUGCCUGCCCCAGUUUGAGCAUGAGCUAGAAGGACCUCACCCCAAUACACUGGGGCUGGUGGCCGGCUGGGGAAUCUCCAAUCCCAACAUCACUGUGGAUGAGAUCAUCAGCUCAGGCAUGAGGACACUAUCCGACAUCCUGCAAUACGUCAAGCUCCCAGUGGUGCUGCAUGCAGAGUGCAAGACCAGCUACGAGUCCCGCUCGGGGAACUACAGCGUGACCGAGAACAUGUUCUGUGCUGGCUACUAUGAAGGUGGGAAGGACACUUGUUUGGGAGACAGCGGAGGAGCCUUUGUCAUUCAGGACCCAGGAACCCGGAGAUGGGUGGCCCAAGGGCUGGUCUCGUGGGGUGGUCCAGAGGAGUGCGGCAGCAAACAAGUGUAUGGUGUGUACACCAAAGUCUCCAACUAUGUGGACUGGGUGGAGAAGAACACAGGCUCCUCAGAGAGGUGGACAUUUCUGGACCCUGAUCUGGAGAGAUGAGUGACUGAGCACUGCCUGCUGACACAGCUUUCUUUGUUUGUUGUCCUUUAAUAUGCUCCAGACUCCGGUCUUUCGCAAGCAGUAGCCAUGAUGCUCAACCGCACUUCGGCUGGACUUUGCCAGCCAACCACAUCAUUCCUUUCACUUGGUCCCAAAUCCCUUUGCUUUCACUCUGAGGAAAUGCUUGCUAGGGAGCUGGGGAAAGGGAUUAAAGGGUGAGAUCUCAUCUAGCAUUGCUAGCUCAUGUUGCCAGGCUUGGUGUUUAACCUCUACUAUGCAGACUUGGGUAGUCUUGUGUGGCAAAGCAUUCAUUCUUGCAAAACCCAAGUCCCUUUUAGUUGUACUUCAGACCAUUCUUCUGGCUGAUUUACAGGUUACUGAAGGUUUCCAUGUUUUGUUCAUGGCUCUUCUGGCCUAUUGCAGGUGUCCAAGACUCACCCCAAUCCAUCCAACACUCCAUAAAGUUUCACAUCUCCCCUACCAUGACACACACAGACAAUAAUCCCCACCAAGGAACAAAUUCAGGUGAGCUUAGCUUCCUUAGGCAGAGACAUCACCUCCUUCGCUUGCCAGCAAAGCCCUCCUAUAGCUGGAAGCAACAUGCAGCAAUUGCCUGCUGUCCCCUCUGAGUGCUUUUAGCCUCCUUUGGACUUCUCCUCCUCCUCCUUUGGUUUUGCAUGCAAGGAAUGAGUCAAAAUUGAACCAGCCACCCUGCCAUUUUGUUACCAUCCAAAAAGCCACUCGUAGUGUAGGUAGAGGAGCAGAAGGCCUAAGGAAGAUCUAACUUGCAGACAUGCUAAGAACUGUACUCUUGGCUAUGUCAUAUAACAUAAGGUAUUUUUAUAUAUAUAUUUCUUUUUGAUACUACAUUCUGCAGAAUAUCUGAUUACAUGUAAGGAUGGUUCUGUGUAAUCUUCAUCCUGAGAAUAAAAUUAAAUGUUAAUAUUUACUGA